AUGGGUACUGUUCCUGUCUAUGAACUACAAGGCCUGUCAGAAGAAAAGUCUUGGGAUUUAUUUCAAAUGGUAGCAUUUGAACCUGGACAAGCUCAAAAAAAGCCACGUUUUAUGGUGGCUGGUAAGGAAAUUGUUAAGAAGUGCGCAAACGUUCCUUUGGCCAUAAGAGUUGUAGGCAGCCUUCUUUAUGGUGAGAACGAGAGCAAGUGGUUGUCGUUCAUGGAUAGAAGUCUAGCCAAUCUGUCUGACAGCGAGAAUAACGGCGUUAUAGACAUUCUGAAGCUUAGCUACCAGCACCUACAGUCACCUUUGAAGAAUUGUUUCGCUUACUGCUCUUUAUUUCCGAAAGACUACGAAUUUGACAAGGAAACACUGAUAAGUCUUUGGAUGGCUGAGGGCUUUAUCAUUCCAAUAAACCAUGGAGACCAGAACAUUUCGAGCUGCAAAAUGCACGAUUUGAUGCAUGAUCUUGCUAUACAAGUGGCUGGAGUCAACUGCAAGGUUGCAAAGUUUGGAGAAAGCAACUCAAACACGGGAAUUCAUCAUGUGUCUUUUGCUUAUCGUUUGACUUCAUCUUGGAAGAUACCAAGUUGGAUGCUGAAUUUGAAAUGUCUGCGGACAUUUCUUUUGCCAGAGCAAUUGAAUGAUGGACCGUCCAUUAACAAAUCAACUUGUCAAGAGUGGAUAUCAAGCUUAGGGUGCUUGAGAGUGUUGGAUCUACAUAACCUUCAAGUUAAAAGUGUCCCGAGUUCAAUAGGUAAGCUAAUUCACUUAAGGUACCUUAACCUUUCUCAUACACCUAUUAGAGAACUUCCUGAUUCAAUCACAGACCUCUUAAAUUUGCAAACACUCGACCUAUACAAUUGUUCGAAUCUUCAAACACUGCCUAAAAAUAUGAGAAAACUUACCAAUCUUAGGAGCCUUGAUGUUGAUGAAUGUGGAUGGAUACUGCAUAUGCCUUCAGGUUUAGGAGAAUUGACUUCUCUCUAUAACCUACCUCGAUUUACAGUCAACCAUUCUCCCAGUUCUUCUAAGUUGAGUGAAUUAAAGAAUCUUAAUAACCUGAAAGGAGCAUUGCACAUUCAAAUUUAUGGAAAUUUAAAUGUACCAUUGUUAGAAGAAACAGAGGCAAAUUUAGAGGGAAAGCAUGGCCUGACUAAGUUGCAUAUACAAUUUGAUAUCUACACAGUUAGUGAUCAUGAUGAAGCUGUGCUGGAAGAACUCAAACCGCAUCCUAAUAUAAGAGCUCUGCAGAUUCAUAUCUACAAAGGUCAAAAGCUCCCAAAUUGGGCAAUGAUGGGUAAUUUGUGUAUUAAUCUUCCAAAUCUUGUUGAGAUUCAACUUUGGUACUGUGAGAAAUGUCAGCAAGUGCCCCCUUUUGGCCAACUACCUUUCUUGAAGCGUCUUAAUCUUUCUAUUUUAGAAAGUGUGGAAUACAUGGAGAUGGAUAGCAGUGUUUAUGACGACACCUUGUCAUCGGCGGAAAUACCAUUCUUCCCAUCUCUUCAAGAGCUUACACUGAAAUAUAUGGAUAAUUUGAAGGGAUGGUGGAAAGAAGCAAUUGUUAACAAUGAUACACAAGAACCAGCACAUGUGUCAAUGAAACAACAACGUUUAUUAGCAAAUAUGUCAUUUUCUAAUCUAUCAAAAUUAGAGAAAGGAAAUAUAAAUGACAGCUUUUAAUUUUCUCUUUCCUCCCAAAUUCCUCCAAUUUUGGGAGGAAAGGAAAUUGAAAAUAUUAUAAAGAAGCUUUCCUUCCAAUUCCCUUCAUUUCCUUCCACUUCCCAUAUAAUUAUUUGUACCAAAUACAGGAAAUUGUAUUUUAUAUUUCCUUUCUUUUCUUUUCCUUCCAAUUCCUCCCAACCAAAUAAAGCCUAAAUACAGGAAAAUGUUUCCAUCCAUUUUGAGGGAUAAACUGCUCUUUUUGCAAUUAAAGGGACCAAACUGCGUUUGUUUGUUUUU